AUGGCUGAACUUGUGGUGCAAGCAAAGUCGUUGGAGAUUCAGCAACGUUUAGAGCAAGAGAAACUACGAAUACAGCAGGAAAAAGCUAAAAGUGCAGCUAAAGAAAAAGCAUUAGCGGCUUUACAAAUACUUCAAUCAACCACUAUGUCUACAAACCUAUUUGAUGUUCGUCAAAGUCCUGCAGUUGUGAAAAGUCCACCAAGACAUCAAACACCAAGACCUCACUCAACUGGUAGAAAAUUACCCCAACUGCCACUUAUUAGUAAAGCAAACAAAUGUGCAACCGUUGAGAAGCCAGUCAAGCAACAAGAUAGUUUCAAAAGGCAUGAUCAACCAGAACGAGAAAUGCUAAGUCAAAAUAACACGACACUAGAGACAAUGUUGCGACUUCAAGAACAACAGAAUGACUUAAACCUACAAGAGAAUUAA